UUUAAAAUUCCGUUAAUGUUUCUUUUCUCCACAUUAUUUAGUAUUCUGUUAAUUCUUGUUAAGAAGUUAGCACACAGGAUCACAUACAAAAGCUACUGUUAUGAAGGAAGUGAAAGCUACACCGUGGGACAGAAGAUUAAGAAGAAUUGUAACACGUGUGAAUGUCGUAAAACGGCCCCCAAGAAGUUUGAAUUUGUGUGCGAAAAUAAACCAUGUCUCAUUCAGCCGAAACUCAAUGAUGUAAUUAAUCGAGGGAAUUAUGGAUGGCGGGCCGCUAACUACUCCUUCUUUUGGGGCCGGACACUCGAAUAUGGAAUCCGUUAUCGUUUAGGGACAUUUAAACCAUACCGUGAGACGAUGCACAUGAACGAGAUUCGAACGGUGGAUCGUCGACCCUUGCCAGAAAGCUUCGACUCCCGUCGACGGUGGCCAAGAAUGAUUCAAGAAAUUAGGGAUCAGGGAGAGUGUGGGUCAUCUUGGGCCUUUUCAAGCUCAGCAUUAGCUUCUGAUCGUAGAGCCAUCCAGUCGAGAGGACGAGAAAGAAUAACAUUGUCUCCUCAGCAUCUUAUUUCUUGCAACACCAGAGGGCAGCAAGGUUGUGAAGGAGGCCAUAUAGACAGAGCUUGGUGGUUUUUACGAAACCAGGGGCUUACGUCAGACCAGUGCUAUCCUUACACAAGUGGACACUCGGGUCACAAAGGACACUGCAGAAUUCCUCGUGGACGACAUAAACGUUUCCGGUGUCCAUCUGGUAUACAGGACGAACAGUACAGAUCAACCCCUCCUUAUCGGGUUGGUCCAUCGGAGGAAGAUAUCAUGCACGAGAUCUAUAACAACGGUCCAGUCCAAGCAACCUUCCGUGUAAUGCAGGAUUUCUUCAGCUAUAGUAGCGGCAUCUAUCGGAAGCUACCAGUAACUAAUACAAAUCCCACUAAUCAAGGAUGGCACUCCGUACGAAUCAUAGGGUGGGGCGUGGAAAAGUCAGGGGGGAGACAGAAGAAGUACUGGGUCUGUGCUAACUCUUGGGGAACCGGCUGGGGCGAAGAUGGCUACUUCCGAAUUAACAGAGGUCAGAAUGAAUGUGACAUAGAAACCUUUAUUGUUGGAGUGUGGGCGAAAAGAAACCACCUGAGAAGAACUAGGAGGCGUUUUUAAUAUCUCAGAAAACAGCUCCCCCCCCCCCUUGUAUAAACUUAUAUAAAAUGAAACUAAUUUACUAAAGGGAGUGGCAGUUGAAAAAGGCUUAGGUGAAUGUUUACUGACAGUAAUAACAAAAAAUAAACGGUUUUUGAUUUUUUACCUCGCUUAAUUUGUUUUUUAAAUGAAAAUAUAAGUAAUGUGAGAAAUAUAGUACAGAUGUCGCUAUUAUUUUAUGUGCUAUCCUGCUAUAAAGGUCAGAGUUCGUGUUCUUUAUAAUUUUACAACUGAAGAUGUUGUGAUAGCCGGCUCACAGUCUGGUGAAUAACUGCUUUUUUUUUAUCUUAAUGGAAAAGGAAUCUAGCAUUCUAAGGCGGAUUUUUAUUUUUUGUUCUACCCUAUGUAUAUGUAAAGCCACUUACCAGUGUUAACUGUUUCCAGAUUUUAAUAAUAUUUGACUUUUUUAAUAAAAAAACCUAACAUGAAUGAAAAAUUCACCGAUGGACUAUUAUGUUACGUGUUAACAUUCACUUCUAAUAACAACAAGUGAAUAAUAUUCUAAAGUUAGCGAUUUGUAUUUGACUGUGUAAUGAAGCUCAAACAAAUGGUCAUCUUUCUCUUUCUGUAUAACAAAAUUCAAUAAUAAUCAGAACUUAAUUUCUUAAAAUCAUGCAAAUAUGAUGACGUAUUAGAAUCACCAUUCGUGUUUACAAUAUUUUUUAAACAGGGAUUUAUAAAAAAAAUAUUGUUUUUGGUUGCAUCAUUGUUAAAGCAAAUUAACUUUUUUUUUCGAUGGCUAAUAUUCGAAAUAUUUCUUUGCAAUUAGAACAGUUAUUGUAUUCAACGGUUUCUUUGUCAUUUGGAUUUUUUUUUCUCUCUCUCUCUUCAAUUUUUAGUAGCUUAAACUUGGAAAAGUAAUUAUCAUUAAUAAUCUUUAAUUGAAUAGAAAGUGUAAUAUUAGUUUAUUAAUUUUUACGUGCGUUUAUAAAGGCACAAUUUUUAAAGAAUGUUGAAUUCAUUUUGUGUACUGCCAAUGGAAUCAUAUUAAUUAUUAAAGUUGUCUUUGUUUA